AUGCAGCGUCGAACAAUGCCUACAACUUCAGUAGCGCCUGCUAACUCCUCCACCGCCUCCCUCCAGCCGAGUGCUCUCACCUCUGCGCAUCCAUCGCAGUCACUCCACGCUCCAUCGCCCAUAUCCACAACACCCACUACAACAAACCAUAUGGCCCAGCACCCGCUGCCACCGCAAAGGCCUAAUAACCAUUACAACCGACAGCAUUCGAUGAAUUUGCAGUCGUCUGCCUCGCCGAGCACACGCGUGCCUCAGGGACAGCCUCCUACGGGACAGCAUUUCCAGCCUUUACCUAACUCUGCCUUCCUCCCGGUACCCGGCCACAGAGCGCCCAUGAUGGUGAACCCAAAUCCAACGCGUUUCGGUCUACAUCUGGUUGAUCUCCGCGAUUCUAUGAAGAAGCUGGUAAAACGAAGUUCAGAUGGCAAUGAAGUUGAGACUGAUUUGUUUACCUAUCUCGAUACCUUCGUCGUACACCCAACCUUCGUCAACGUUGACCAGUCGAUCUACACGUGGAAUUUCUCUUUCACGCAUGAUGAGCAACAAAAGUUCCCACACGUAGCUCACGGGAAGGAAGGCCAAUAUUCGGUUUGGACCUUUAGGCCCGGUUGCCGGACUAUUCGCCUGCGAUGCAUUCGUCUCCCUGGCGAUCCAAACACCGUGACGGAGCAGACUUGGUCUACCGCCAGCACUUUCUGGCCUAGUGUCUUUUACAUUCAUGUGAAUGACAAAGAGCUCUAUGUGCGCCGGAAGGUUCACAACGGAAAAGACCUGCCUCUGGACAUCACCGAGAACCUCAAAGCAGGCGAAAACAGUGUACGGCUCGAUAUGAUCUUAGGACAGGAUGAGUGCAAGACCUCCAAAUACGUCUUCGGAGUGGAAGUCAUGGAGGUCGCCGAGUUCGACCAGAUACUCAGCCUGGUCCAAUCCGUCUCUGCCGCGGACUCUCGUGCAGCAAUCAAAAAGCGUCUCUCUCCCAUCACCGACGACGAUGACCUGGCAGUUGUCACCGACAACCUCACAAUCGACCUAGUGGACCCCUUUAUGGCACGCAUCUUCGAUGUCCCCGUUCGCUCGCGCCACUGCAACCACCAUGAAUGCUUCGACCGUGACACUUUCAUAAGGACCAGGAAGUCCGUAUCCGGUCUGACACCCAUGGUCGAUAACUGGCGCUGCCCGAUCUGCAAGGGAGACGCACGCCCGCAGUUCUUGGUCGUCGAUCAAUUCCUUGUCGAGGUCCACGCUCAGCUUGCCCGUACAAACCGACUUAAUGGGAUUCGAGCAAUCCAGAUCAAAGUUGAUGGAACCUGGACCCCCAAGUAUGACACCGAUGAAACCUCGCCCGCGGCAGACAGACCCUUUUCUCCGAAGCGCAAGGCCGAAGGCCCUUUCGGGCCCUGUUGCCGUGCGUACCAAGGCUGA